AUGCGUGCUACCCCAGCAGCUAACUGGCAGUCCGCUUUGCAGCAGGCAGCCGGCCUUGUUGCCUCUGCAUGGCUCUCUGGCUCAGCGCCGCCGCAGCAUGCCUUGGCCAUCGCCCUCCGGGCAGCUGCGGAUGCGCAGCAGUGGCGAUGGGCGCUGCACCUCUUCCAGGACCCCAGCAUUCAUGGGGCCCUGGACCUUUCGGAAGCGGUCAUGCAGGCUUGCAGCCUACGCGGCCAGUGGCCUCAGGUGCUGCAGCUCUUCUGGGAAGCAGCUGCAUGGGGGCAGCCGCUUCCCUUUGGAGCCUUCCAUGCCGCGCUCGCCUCCUUGCGACGGUCGAGGCUGUGGAUGUUGGCGGCAGACGUUUUGCGGCAAAUGCAGCUGCAGGGAUUUGCCGCCCCACGCGCCUACAAUGAAGCCUUGGGGUGUGGCUUCCCCUGGGCGCAGGCGCUGCGGCUCUACGCGGAGAUGGCAGCACGCCGAGCGCUCGGGACUGCCCGCACAUUCGUUCAGCUGAUCCAAGUCUGCGGGGCAGCGAGCGAAUGGCAGCAGGCGCUAGGAGUCUUCGACGAGAUGUGCGAGCGUGGCCAUUCCCAAUCCACCAUCGGGUGCAAUGCCGUGAUGACUGCAUGUAAGAUGGGGCGGCAGUGGCAACGGGCAUUACAUUUCUACGAGCAGAUGCACAGGUCCAUGGUCUUAGCGGACGUGGUCACGUGCUCUGCUUGCAUCAGUGCGCUGGACAGGGGCAGUCAGUGGGAGCGCGCUUGCCAACUCCUUCUGUCGAUGCUGACCUUUGGGCCGGAGCCGAAUUUGGUGUCCUUCAACGCCUGCAUCAGCUCUUGCAGUGCGGCGCAGUGGCAGGUUGCAUUGGCGCUGGUCGGCCGGCUCAAAGCGAGCGGUCUGCAGGCCGAUGACUUCACGGAUGUAGCGACCCUGAGUGCGCUACCACGAUGGCAGAUCUCCAUUGAGCUGCUGGGGGCAUCGAGAAGACGCUCCACGGAGUGUCAAGAGGUGUACAACGCGAUCACUGGCAACUUUGAUCGGGCAGGGAGAUGGCAGCAGGUCCUCGCGCUCUUGCCACCUAUGUACCGUGCCCAGCUGCAGCUCAGUCGCGCCUGUCUCGUCUCCGCACUGAGGAGCCUCCGAGAUUCUGGUGCUUAUUGGGAGCGUUCCACCUCGCUGGUAUCCGGCCUUGGGCUAGCAAACAUGGGGAGCAACGCGCGAUCCGUGGAGGUCAGCGCCUUCGCAACGGGUGCGAAAUGGGGAUCGGCACUACGGCUUUUCUGCCAGACUCGUGAGGUGGGGAUCCAGCCGCAGUGGAUGGAAAUCAGCGCUGCUAUGUCUGCAUGUGACUCUGGUCCUCAGUGGCCACUUGCAGUGAAGAUGCUGGCUCUGCGUGGAGUUCCUGCCGGGACCGAUGUGUCUCACUUCAACGCCGCGGUGAGCGCGUGCCAAGAAGGGUCGUGCUGGAUUGUGCCACUGGCAGCUCUAAUCCAGCUCCGAGAGGUCACUUUAAAGCCGGACACACUGACGAUGAACUCGGUCCUGACCUGUUGCGAGAAGUCUGAGCGGUGGCAGGAGGGCUUCAAGAUUUUGGAGCAGUUUUCAGAACUGCGCCUUUCCGUCGAGAGCACUACGCUAACGGCCUCUGCGGCGACUUUAGCCGCAGGCUCCUUCUGGCAGGUCUAUUUUCGGAAUCGAGAGCUCCGGCUUGGAGACACAGCCGAGUACACUUUGCUUGGAAGUGGGGACUGCCGCCUGUGA